AUGGACGCGGCCAUUGACCUCUCGGAUGCCUCCAAGGCCCUGGACCUGGCCAACAUCCGCUUCCAGCUCAUGUGCGCUCUCCCCACCAUGCGCGCUCGUCUCGAGGACACAAUCACCUUCCACCUGAUUGAGCGCGUCCAGUUCCCGCUGAACAAGACCAUCUACCUGCCCGGCGGCGUCGACAUUGGCGAGCCCGACACCAGCCUGUUCGACUGGAUGCUGCGCGAGCAGGAGCGCCUACAGUCCCUCGUCCGCCGCUACCAGUCGCCCGACGAGUACCCCUUCUUCCCCGAAGUCCUCCAGGAGCCCAUCCUCAAGCCCCUCAACUACCCCCAGAUCCUUCACCCCAACAAUGUCAACGUCAACGCCCAACUGAAAGACUGCUACAUCAAGCACAUCUUACCCGCAGCAUGCGCCCCGACCGACCGCGAGGACAGGGGCGAGUCGCAAGAAAACUACGGAUCCUCGGCCACAUGCGAUGUCAUGACCAUCCAGUCCUUGUCGCGGAGGAUACACUUUGGCAAGUUCGUUGCAGAGGCCAAGUUCCAGCAGGAGACUGAGCGCUUCGUCAAGUUGAUCAAGGACGAAGACAGGAAGGGCAUUGAUGAGGCCAUCACAAAUGCCGCCGUGGAGAAGAAGGUCCUGGAGAGGUUGAGACUAAAGGCGAAGACGUACGGCACAGACCCAGACCUGGGCGCUAAUGGUUCGUCCAAGGUAAACGCAGACGCAGUAGUCGGAAUGUACAAGGAUUGGGUCAUUCCUCUGACCAAGGAAGUUGAAGUCGAGUACCUUAUGCAACGACUAAAGGGCACGCAAUGGGAGUAG